GUUAUUGUUGUUUUGGUGAUAAUAAUAAUAAUAAUAAUAAUAAUAAUAAUAGUAAUAACAAUAAUAGUAAUAAUAAUAUGAACGGCGUCUGCGAUUGGUCGCGACUGCAGUUUUCCAGUACUGGUUCCGCGUCCGUCCGUCAUCACAGCAGCAGCAGCCGCCGCCGGAACCAACGACGACUAAGCGUGCCAUCACCGCACCAGUGACGACAACGGUGACGGCGAUAACAACAACAGUGGCGGCGGCGACGACGACGACCACCACCACGGCCGCGAUAUCCUUUAGAAACGCGAAGAAAUCAUUGAACUGAACGUCGACGGUCGUACGGGGACAACGGUACCGCGGGUUUUCGCGUGUGAUGAAGGUAACGUUCACGACGGUCAGUCUCUCGCAACACGAACCGUCCGUGGUAGUAAGACCGCUACGUCAACAGCAACGACGAAGACGAAUUCCACUGCAGCAACCGCGGUCGCGCGACGCACCUUUCGCCGUCGGAUGCCAUCUUCGCACUCGGCAGUGACAAAGACCAUCAAUCAUCGCCGAUAAAAGAUUCUGCAUAUUAUUUUCGUUUAAUGUACAGACCGACGCACAACAACAGCAACCUGUUUAUUUUUUAUUGGCUCCUGGAAACCUGGGUGGGAACAGUUCUUCUGGGGUCGUCGGUUCAAAAGUGAAAAAAGGCAAUAUGACUUGAAAGUAGGGUACAACGAUGGUCAUCAAAGGACCAUAGCAAUGAACGGGGAAAUUCCUAGUGUACCUAUAACAACCCUGGCUGGCAUUUCAAGUUUAACAGAUUUGUUACCUGAAAUGCCACUGCCUUCACCUAUGCCUCAAACAUUAGGUAAUAAAUCUUUACUAUUUCAUCCCCGGGUAGCCGAAGAAGCAGAUAUUUUACUUAGCCUUCGAGAUGAUGCUUUGGUACCACAACUAAUUCAGUCUUUAAUAAAUACCUCAUCAGACCACAUACAAUUGAAAGACAAAUAUAUGUAUACAGAACAUUAUAACAAUCAACAAAACAUACCUGAACUUCUUAAAGCAAUAUUACAUCAAAAUGCUAAUGUAUUUAGAGGACCACCAGUGAUAUUUCAACAACAGCAAGAGAAAGAAAAAAAUAUUGAAACCAAAACUGUACAAGAACUCAAUGAAUUAAAUAGUUUUGAAUCAGCGUUGAUUGAACAACAUGAUUUAUCACAUAAUGAACUAUUACAGCAAUCUGAGAUUUUGAACGAGCUUCCUCAUCAACAGCAACCUGUUAUAGUUAGAACACCUCCUGCAAAAUUAUCUAGAUUGUUAUUAGAUGACGAUGAUAAAAUAUUAGAAGAUGUUGAAAUUACAGAUAAUGAUAAAAUAAGUGUUCAGAACUUGGAACGUCAAUUUUCUCAAAUAACAAAUGAUUACGAUGUUUUCUUAAAUCAACCAACAAUUUCAUUAACUCGAAUUGAUCUUAGUCAACAUGUUGUGAACAAAAAAAAUAUGAUAAAUAUGGAAGAACUCACAGAGGAUAAUGAUUUUGGACUGGCUCUUGCAGAGAGACCAUCUAUUAUAAAUCAAGAUAAAAGAAGUUUCCCGCCACAAGUUGAAAAUGAAAGUUCUGAUCCAAAUGAUUUUGGAGUAUCAUUGACUGAGAGAAUUAAAAGAAGAAAAAGAGCGGCACAACAAUCAGAAGUCAAUGACAAAAAUAAUAGUUUUGAUGAAAAUGAAUGUAUUAUAAAACCUAAAUUAAGAAAAGUUGAAAGAAAAUUUGUACCAGUUGUUGAAAAGUUAUCUGUUGAAGAACUAAUGGAAACUAAUACAUAUCAGAAGUUCAACAAAUGCAUAGAAAAAGUAUUUGAAAGUACUGAAGAAAUUGAUACAUUACUAGAUUUUGGGGAAAAUGAUAUCCCAACUGAAGCUUUAAUACCAAAAUAUGUUCUGCAAGAAUUAUGUAGUGAGUCAGCUAAACUUAAAACAUUAGGUGCUAUGGAAUCAAUUCCAUCAAACAAAAUAAUUCGUAUACUAAGCAUACUAGAAAAAAAUAUUAGAGAUGGUGCUAAAGUAUCACCAAUAGCUGAUCCAGAAGAUGAUGAGUGUGAAAGAAAACUGUGGAUGGAGUUAGCGAUGGAAAGAGUUAUGCGAGCUGUAGAUGCAUCUCUUACUACCUUGUAUGUGUUAACUUCACCAAGAAUGCAGAAAAAAGUUUAUAUGGAAGAUGUUAUUGAUAGAGUAGUCAUGUUUACAAAGUAUCAAUUACAUAAUACAAUUUACCCUGCUUUUGAUCCUGUCUACAGGAUACAUAAGAGUAAUGAUUCUUAUACAGGAAGUGCACGUAAAAAACGUGCUCAUCCUAAAGAAGUUCGUGAUAAAAAUGUGUUAUCCUUAUAUACCAAGUUAGCAGAAGUAGUUUCAUUGUUGGCUGAGCUUUUACAAAUUCAAACUCUUACUGAUACAGCUGUUCUUCAUACUUCAUCAAUGGCUGUUUCGCCUUUUUUCGUUGAAGAAAUCAGUGAACUACAACUUUCUGCAUUAAAACUCGUUACAACGAUAUUUACAAAAUAUGACAAACACAGGAAAUUACUAUUAGAUGAUAUACUUGCAUCUAUGGCACGGUUGCCAAGUUCAAAGCGAAGUUUAAAAUCAUUUCGAAUUAGUUCUGAAGAGUAUAUUCAAAUGUUAUCAGCUCUAGUUUUACAAUUAAUACAAUGUAUGGUCGUACUUCCUUCUAAUUUAGCAGAUAAACAAUCAAAUCUUGAUCCUGAUACAUUAAUUAUCAGUAAAUUCAAGACUGCUCGUUCAACUGCUUCAAGUUUUUUGCACGUGUUUUUAUCAAAAUGUAGUAGUAAAAGUGAAGAAAUUGAUUACCGUCCAAUAUUUGAAAAUUUCAUUCAAGAUUUAUUGACUACUGUCAAUAAACCAGAAUGGCCAGCAUCUGAACUUAUGCUUAGUGUACUUGGAAGGCUAUUGGUUGCUAAUUUUGUCAACAAAAAUUUAGAUAUGUCUCUUAGAGUAGCCUCCUUAGACUAUCUUGGUGUUGUAGCAGCUAGACUUAGAAAAGAUUCUGUUACAUCUCAAUUAAGAUUAAAAACCAUUGAUUCCAUUAUUAUGGAUAUACGGACAGAAGAACUGAAGGAUGAAGAUGGAAAUUUAAUGGAAGAAGUAAAAGAAGUCCAAGAUGAUGAAGAAAGAAUACAAUUUUUGCAAAGAGUCCUGUUAGAUUAUUUGGCUAUUAGAAGUCUUUCAGAACCAGCAUUAAGGCAUGCUCGGCAUUUUUAUUUAGCUCAAUGGUAUCAAGAUAAUACUGAUGCCGGAAAGUCAUCUGAUUCUUUAUCUAAAAGAAAGAAAGAAAAACGUUCGCGUAAAAAAUUUGGAUCAGACGAUGAAGAUGAUGGCGAGAGUAGUGAUUCAAGCAAAGAGAAUGAAUCUCGAAUAGAUGCAAAUAAAGCUAUUGAAAAUUCAAGGCUUUGUGAUCAGAGAAAAGAAUAUUUGCUAACUAAAAUCAAUCCUUAUGAUAAUCAAUCUACACAAGUUAUGCAAACAUACAUUGACUAUGAUAGCGCUGAAUUAGUAGCAAGAUAUUUAGCUUCUAAAAGACCAUUUUCUCAAAGUUUUGAUACUUAUCUCAAGCAUAUUAUCAAGGUUUUGAUGGAAACUUCAGUAAAUAUAAGGACAAAAGCUAUGAAAUGUUUAACAAUGAUUGUUGAAGUUGAUCCAGGUGUUUUGGGCUUAAAAGAAAUGCAGUUGGGUGUAAGCCAUUCUUUCCUAGAUCACUCAACUUCAGUUAGAGAAGCUGCUGUUGAUUUAGUUGGGAAAUUUGUCUUAAGUCGUCCAGAAUUAAUCGAUAAAUAUUAUGACAUGUUAUCCACUCGAAUAUUGGACACAGGUGUCAGUGUACGAAAGCGAGUGAUAAAAAUAAUGAAAGAUAUAUGUAUUGAAUGUCCAGACUAUCCAAAAAUCCCAGAAAUAUGUGUAAAAAUGAUACGGCGAGUGAAUGAUGAAGAUGGGAUUAAAAAAUUAGUCAUGGAAGUAUUUCAAAAUAUGUGGUUUACUCCAGUACGAGAAAAGCCUACUCUUGAUACAAAGAUGUUAUUGAGGAAAGUAUUAAACAUCACUGAUGUUGUUGCAGCAUCAAAAGAAUUAGGUCUAGAAUGGUUUGAGCAAUUAUUAUUAAGUUUGUUUAAGCCUAAAGAAGAUAAAGAUGAUACAGCAAAAGUAUCUACUGAACCUCCAAAAGCUUUAUUAACAGCUUGUAAGCAAAUUGUAGACUGUUUAGUGGAAAAUGUUGUUACACUUGAUGGUGGUGGUGGAGGUACAUCACAACAGCUUGUUGCUUGUCUUACUACAUUAUAUUUAUUUGCCAAAAUACGGCCACAACUAUUAGCCACACAUUCUCUCACUCUUCAACCAUAUUUGAGUUUAAAAUGCCAGACUCAAGGUGAUUAUCAAAUUAUUAGUUGUGUUGCAAGGACAUUGGAACUUGUUGUUCCAUUAAUAGAACAUCCUAGUGAAAUAUUCUUAUCACAGCUUGAAGAGGAUGCAGUUAAACUAAUUAUGAAGCAUGAUCAAACUGUGAUUUUAAGUUGUAUAUCAUGUCUUGGAUCUGUGGUAAAUAAUGUAACAAGAAAUUUUAAACUUAUCCGAGAUUGUUUUGGAAUAUAUUACAAAUAUUUAAGUAAUUUUCAAAAAUUACAUCAAGAUAGACAGACAAAUCCUCAAGGUUUAGUACCACUGCGGCCAAUAUUUCGUCGUUCAAUCUAUAUUAUUGGGCUAAUGUUAAGAUUCUUUGAUUUUACUGACAAAGAAGUUUAUGGUGAUGCAUACCCAGAUAAUAUUAGAGAUUUAGUGUAUGACAUAAUGUCAUAUUUUAUGCAUACAAAUGAAGAUGACACUAAAUUAUUUGCAUUAAAAGCAAUUGGAUCAAUAUGUAUAAGACAUUAUGACUUUAUGUUAUGUCAAGAUCUUAUGAACACAUACCUUGAUAUUUUAUCAAAUAACAGUGUCGCAAAUAUAAUGAAAUCUCAAAUUUUGAAUAACAUUGAAAUAUAUUUGGAAGAAGAAGAAAAACGAAUGAUUAAACAGGAUUUAGAGUGGUCAAAAAUGUCUAAAAAAGAGAAUUUAAAGGAAAUGGGUGACGUUUCAUCUGGAAUGGCUAGUACAGUUAUUCAAUUAUAUCUCAAAGGGAUAUUAAAUUCAUUUUUACAUACAAGUGUUCAAGUUCGACAAGCCGUACUCAAAGUUAUACAAUUAAUUUUAGCACAAGGACUUGUACAUCCUGUUCAGAUUGUGCCUUAUCUUAUAUGUAUGAGUACCGACACAGAAAAAUCAGUUAGCAGUCGUGCUGAUAAGCAUUUGCAAGAGAUAGAAAAAAAAUAUCCUGGAUUUAUACACAUGGGUGCUCAAAAUGGAAUAAAAUUGUCAUUUCAGUUACAAAGCAUUAUACAAACUGAUGGUGAAAUGGUUCGAGGAUAUCGUCUAAAAGAAAGUGACACUAUUCCUAGUGCUUUAAAUGGAUGUCUUUAUUCUAUACUAAGAACUAAACAACAACGUAGAGCUCUAGUGUUGUCAAUUUUAAAACAAUUUGAAGAUCAAGGCAAAACAAAUUUAGCUCAAAUGUUAUACUUAGCUGAUAACUUGGCAUAUUUUCCAUUUCAAUCACAAGAUGAGCCUUUAUUUAUUAUACAUCACAUUAAUACAAUGAUAUCAGUCAAUGGAACUAAUUUGCUUCAAAACUUUAGAGAGGGCCUUCUUCCUAAUCCUAAUGCACCAGUACAAUCUAAUAAAGUAGAUGGUGUUGAAGACGAAGAAGAUGAAGAUGAAGGAACACUUGUAGAUAGAGUACCUGAUGAUAUAACAAAUCUUCAAGAAGUGCUUAAAAAAUCUCAAGGUUGCCUUCUACUUUUAGUUCUCAAACUUUAUUUAAAAACUGUUUACGGGAUAACAGAUUUAAAAAUCACUCAAUAUUCACCGUCAGAAUCUAGUAAAAUGUAUGAUAAGAAUUUAAGUAGAAAGUCAAAUUCAAAAUUCAAUCCUAAAGCCACAAUACAAAAGCUUAAAUAUGGAUUAGAAAUAAAUAUGGAAGAUUUACAAAAGGCUAAAUCGGAGUUGAUUGCUUAUUACUUAGAAUUAAAACAAUUAAUUAUGAAUCUUGAUCCUGACGAUGAAGGAAAUGAAGAUGCUAGUACUCCUAAAGGCUUAAAGAGUGUUCCAUCUACACCAAGUAAUCAUGUAGGUAGCACUCCUACUCAAAUUCCAAAUACGCCCAACCACAAUGAUGUUUCUAACGUGUCUUAUGAAUCACCAGAAUAUCAAAAACAAAAUAAUGUUCAAUCAACACCAAAGGUUCCUAAAUUGACUAUCAUACCUCCAAAACCUCCAUCGUCCAAGCAUUCUCAUCAUCAUCAUCGAUCACAUAAAUCAAAAAAAGCUGAUCGUCCUAAAAAACAUCAUCAUAAGCGAAAGAAAGCUAAAGGUGGAGACAGUUCUGAAGAUAGUGACAAUGUUUAUAGCGAUCCAGAUUUCUUAGUAUAAACAGGUACCUUAUUGUAAUUUAAAUGUGCUGUAAAUAGAUUUGUUGUAAAGUUUUUUUUGUUGACAGAUGAAUUAUUUAUUUUUAUGGAUAAUUAAUAUUAGAUUUUAAGUGCUCAAUUGAUCAUUCUUCUAUGCCUAGUGCACUUGAAUACUUGUUUUUCAAUAUGAGCACAUAUUGUGAGGUCUGAAACUUAAAAUGUCAUUUGAUUUAACAUUAUUUUAUUUUGAAAAUAAAUUAUAUUUUCCGAAUUGUACAGAAAUAGUUUUUUUUUUAAUUUAUGAAUAGAGAGGAAAUCAUGUUCACAUGUGUAGUCUCUUUCUUAUAAACCUAUAACAUGACUAAUUUGUUCUAAUUUUGUGUUAUUAGUUUUAAUAUUUGUGUAAAUUGACCUAUUAUCAAACUUGAAGGUAUGAUUUUUUUUUCAUGUCUGGUUUUGUUUUUAAUUUUUAUUUUAAAGUAAGAAUUAAAUGUUUUUUUAAGUAUGAUACUCACAUUGUCAUAUCUUGCAUUUA